AGUAAGUAACUUAUGGUUGCAUCUGUGGUUGCAUCUGUGUGUCAUAUGGAGGAGGCUAGCAAGUAUAGCAUAUGUUUUUUUUUUUUUUUACAGAGUAGCAUACUUAAAGGUGCAUUAUGUGGUUUGGGUGAAGAUUCUUCAAAGAGAAAAGAAAGAUCUCCGUUUUUUUUUUUAUGUCUUAACAAACUCAAUAAACAAACAACUCGUUGUCAUGACUUAAUAAACUGCAUUAACAAACUAACCUUAAAGGACAACAUAGUUUCAUACUGUGUUAGUUUGUUUACAUUUGGCAGACCCUACCAACUUUCUAGUUUCAAACAGUGUUCUGGGACCUUAUUUUCCUGUGUGAACAACUUGUUUAGUCAGUUACGGAAAAAUAAAUAUUUCUGAGUUAUUAUUACCAGCGCCACCGAUCCCGCAGAUGUGUGCAAUAUUGCAACUCAUUCUAUUAUGCUUUUUACAUUAGAUUAGAUUAGAUUCAUCAAAUAGUUGAUAAAUAAGUAAUACAGGGGGAGAGUUGCUUUCAGUUUGAAAUGUUUAUAAUUAUUUUCGGUAUAAGAUUCUUUGUUUGAAUGUUUGGUAAUAGAAAGUUAAACUGGCAAAAACAAACUUUUGUUUUCUCCCAAAAUGGCUACCAGCGGCCCUGAUUAUUACCUUGUUAAUACUGGAAAUAUUAAGAAACUACCAAUUACCAAAACUACAUAGUGCCCCUUUAAAGCCCUUAAUUGUUUACAGGAACAAAAUAGAAAUAAAUACGUAAUUUAACGUUUUUUUGUUUGCUUGUUUUUCGUAAUUGCAUGUACCUUAAAGCAUACGACCAAGUGCUUUUAUUGACAUUUUAACUACAUUUCCAACAACCACCCGUUUCAAUUAGUAUGGAAACCCAUGAGUCCAAACAUCAUGUAUUCGCCCAUUCGCGCUGCCGCUGCUACUCUUAAAGGAGACGCACCCCAAAGAGGUCCAGACUCUGCCAAAGAAAUAUGAGGUUUGCUAUAGCUUUAAGAAGUAAAUAAUGUUGAAUGUGUGUCAAAUUUUAUAAAUCAUACAACGUAACUUAUUUAUAAGCUUGUUCAUGAAAUGCCUGCGUAGUGGCUGAAGAUUUACCCUCCACCGUGCAACCAAAACUUGGUCCCAUUUGGGCCUUCUACGUUGCGUUACGUUGCUCUUAAAUCAUCUAUGUUUAUAACUAACUAAUAACAAACGUCUGCCGGGGUCAUAACAGUUAAAUAAGAGCGGCAUGGAUCCGGAGGAGGACGACGUUUCAAGUGCUCGUCCUUGCACUAAGACAGCUGGGGACUCCACGGAGGCCGCUAACUCAUCCCCGGACUCGCCUGACCCGACCAGGCGAACGAGAGGAAGUAAAAGGCGGAUGAAAACCGCAGUGACCUCCGCGGACUCCGGUGACUCUCGGUCUAGUACCGACGGUCCUGUGCGUGUUUUGCGAGCCAGGGGAGCUGGAUCUGCAGCUGGAUCUGGACCUGGCAGGACUAACGACUCCAAGAAUGCUGCCGGCAAGAAAAAACCUACGAGUCUGAACCGUGGACGUGGGAGACCUGCAGGAACCAAAAAUACACCCGUCAUGCAACCUGCGAUAAAGAAGCCCACAGCCAAAAAAGCAUCCAAACACGCUCUGGGACCAAAGCUGUCCAAAUCUAGAAAGGGCAAAGGGCGAUCCCCAUCUCGAGCGUCUCGCACCACACCAGCAGCAGCAUGCAAGCCUGAAGCAGAGAUGGAAGCUUCAUCAUGUGGAGAGAAAACAGGUGUUUUAAAAGAAGGCAGCAACAACGUUGCAGAUCCAGAUGCAGCUCUUGACGAUGACCCUCCAUUCAGAGAUGACCCAAAUGACCUCAUCUAUGAACCUGAGACAAAGACGGAAAAAUCAAGGCGGCGUACAACGUUAGAACAAAAGGAGGUCAAGAAAGAGGAGUUGGAGAAGGAAGAAGAAGAAGAAGAAAAUGAUAUUAAAAAGGAAGAAUCUGCUAAGGUUAUUGUGCAGAAAGAAGAUGGAGUGGGCAACAACACAGAGCAGCCCAAGAAAGGUAGACAACAAAGAGAUGACAAAGCCCCUCGACUGCCAAAACGAAGGAAAAAGCCCCCUGUGCAGUACGUCCGCUGUGAAAUGGAGGGCUGUGGUACUGUCUUGGCCCAUCCACGCUACCUCCAGCACCAUAUAAAAUACCAGCACUUGCUGAAAAAGAAGUACGUGUGUGAUCACCCGUCGUGUGGGCGCUUGUUUCGUCUACAGAAGCAGCUGUUGCGCCACGCUAAACACCAUACAGAUCAAAGGGACUACAUCUGUGAGUAUUGUGCUCGAGCCUUCAAGAGCUCCCAUAACCUGGCUGUGCACAGGAUGAUCCACACUGGAGAGAAGCCAAUACAGUGUGAGAUCUGCGGCUUCACCUGCCGUCAGAAGGCAUCCUUAAACUGGCACAUGAAGAAGCACGAUGCAGAAGCCUCCUACCAGUUCUCGUGCUCCAUUUGUGGUAAAAAGUUUGAGAAAAAGGACUCAGUCGUUGCCCACAAGGCCAAGAGCCACCCUGAGGUGCUCAUAGCUGAGGCUAUGGCAUCUAAUGGGGGCUCAGUGGUAAGCAGUCCCACCCCGAUCUCAGAAACUGUCCCAGUGCUCACCCAGCCUGAACAGCCCUCAACCAGCCAGGAACGCCAGGAAGGAGCAAGUGGUAUGCUCACCCCACUGCAGCAGGUAGUGCUCCCUCUCGCUCCACAGACGCAGAUUGAUGUAUCUCAAGGCCAGUUCCUCCAGCUGCCCACACAUCAUGUAGUUCAGGUAGCACAUCAGCAGCAAGCCCCCACUUUGCUGCACCUCACUGCUGCUUCUCCUGCUCACCUUUCCAACACCAGCCACCCUCAACUCAUCCAGCUCUCCGCCCUUCCUGCCAACACUGUCACAUCCGUGCCCACUGCAGACGCCCAGAGCACCCUCCUGACCCUCAGCUCCGUCACCACGCUGGCCUCCGCAGCAUCCCUGACCCCCCAGCAGGCUGUGCAGUGGGGCAGGGAGGCUCAUGAGGAUGCACAGCUGUCCGGGGAGGGCGAGCUGUGGGAGAGGGUGGUGGUAGGUGAAGGUCAUCAGGAUGUGGGGGAAAUGAUGUGGGAGGGGGAUGUGGAGAGGAGGAAAGAAGAGGAGGGGAUUGUUUGGGAGAGGGAAGGAGAGAGACAGAUUCUGUUACAGUGUGCAGAGGUCCACGGAGAUAGUUUAAUGUAGAUAGAUAGAAGAACAGGAACUUUAUUCACAGUAAGCUGAAGGAGAUAUAAAUCAGAAGAAAGUUUCAAUUUAAGAAAUAAAUAAAAGACUGAAGGACCUGUCAAAAGUUGAGCCGAGAUUAUAAAUAUUUCAAGAAAUAUAUACUUUAUGAGUGUAACACAGUAGUUAUAUGUAGAACAUAGCUACAGAGAGCUACUUUACAUCAGGGAGUAUGACUUAUAGUACUAUAGAUUACAUACACUUCUUGUAUCCCCUAAUUAUUAUUUUUUUUACUUUUUGGUUUUGCCACAUUUUUGUUUGUAUAUACAGUAUGUGUGUAUGUUUUUAGGUUUGUCCAAUUAAAAAGACUGAAAAGGUGAUUGUACAUAUUGUACAAGAAAGUAAAAAAUGACAUUUAUGUCUUUGUGGUCACCAUGUUGUUGUUCAGGUGCAUCUUUUCCCAAGGUCAAUGGUUGAGUAUCACUAACAUAUUUGGGUUAACUCAAGUUGUUUCUUCUGUAACUCAAAGGUGCAAUGCAUAAGAAUUUCAGUUGAAAACAUGAAAAAUUAACUAAAAUGAUCAACAGAAUGUGAAGAAUUAACAGUUUUGCUCAAUAGUGUCUAUGUACUAUCUUGCAGAGAUAUCUACUGAAGAAAGCAUGCAAUUUUCAUGCAUCCAACGCUCCACACCAACACUUCCCUGGUGCUCUGAGCUCACAGUCUGGACCACUGGCUGCACUGCUAACUGAGCUAAAUAGCUAACUGUGGCAGCUGUAGUUAGCAAUGGUAGCCGUUACUCUGGUGAUAUGCUGCUCCUCAUUUUGAGUAUGAAUUUGACAGAUGGCAUAUUCUUCUAUACUGCACCUUUUAAAAGUUCCAUGAAAAAUGUCCUGUGAGCAACAACUACAACUAAAUGAGGUUAAUGGUGUAAAAGAUAUUAAAAAUGUAUUUCAUUUUUCAUCUGGACCUUUACGUGAAGAUAAAUCACAGACGAAAUCUAACAGAGAGGCAACCUGUAUUCUUUACAAGAUGAGACAAUGGACCUUUGACCCUGCAGACAUUCUGACUUGUGGUAGUAACAACACAGUUGUUGCUAAUAACAUUAAUGGUAGGCCCAUUCUAUUCAAGUGACCCAGUUGGUCGUGAUGAUGUGGGCACAAAACCAGGACCCCAGAGUCCUCCUAUGACUUGUCAAAAUGUAUUGUGAGAACAGUACCUUGGUUGAUGUUGUCCAGGACGUCAGAUGUGUAGUCUAUUCCAUCUGUUUGAAUUAAUGUUAAAUAUGUCUUCACAGUGCAGACUAUGCAGGCAGCAGUAUUAUGAUGGAAUUAGUUUUUGUCAGCCAUUUUACUUUGACACAAUCUUAGAUGAUGAAAUAUACCUCUGUACACUGCCACCACUACUGAGCACUCGUAAUCUUAAAGCCGUAAUUUAUCAGGAAAUGUAUUCAGAAUAACUCCAAUAAAUGAAUUAUGU